CUCUAAGCUGCUGGCAGCUAUUUUUUUUAACAACAAAUGCAAACGCAAAUGCAUUUUUAAGCCUUUAAAGUUUAACCCAGCCAAUUAAAAUUCCAUCCCAGUACCGUAAACAUUACCCUGUCGUCAGGAACACCGUGAUGUAAGGCGUCGCAGAGAAUUCCAAAAUCCAAAAACCCACAAAAAUAUACAGAAAAUUAUUGCUGAGUGCUGCAUCAUGCAGACACAACGAAGGAUUGGACCUGGUGCUGGUGCUGGUGGAGGUGGCCCACCAGUCUGUCCGAAUUGCCGUUGCCAGCUCUCACAUCCAAGUCCCCGCCAAAGACGACAACAACAACAAUUGCUGCAACAACAACAACAACUUAAUUAUCAUCAGGGCACAUCAACAACAAUUUUGGAUGAUGAUGAUUUAGAUGAUUUAGACGAUGAUGAACCAGAACCCAUUGUCAUGGCAUUGGGCCAGCAAUGGCAUUGCGAUUGCUUCCGUUGCUCUGUAUGCAAUAAUCAUCUGCAUAAUUGGUAUUUCGAACGCGAGGGCUUACUCUAUUGCCGUGAGGAUUACUAUGCCCGUUUCGGUGAUGCCUGCCAGCAGUGUACGGCCGUAAUUACGGGACCCGUGAUGGUUGCCGGCGAACAUAAAUUCCAUCCGGAAUGCUUUUGUUGCACAGCCUGCGGUUCAUUCAUUGGCGAAGGGGAAUCCUAUGCUCUCGUGGAACGUUCCAAACUCUAUUGUGGUCAAUGUUACGGCAAACGGAAUGGCAAUCAAACGCGACCUACAUCCGUUUCCAGUAAUUCGGCCAACUCAUGUGAACUAGAUUCUAGAGCACGGAUAACGAAAGCUGGCAAACCAAUGCAUUCCAUACGGCUGGUUGAGAUUCCGAAGGAUGCAACACCCGGUUUACGUGUGGAUGGCGGUAUACCAUUGGAUGAUGGUUGUCCCACUGUUCGGAUAACUGAUUUCAUUUGUAAAUUUUAUGGUCGCUUGGGUAAAUAUACCUUCUCCCUGCUAACCUCGAUGGCCGAACGUUGUUGUGGUUCUUAUAGAAUCGAUGUUAAUUUAACAAAUCUGCAUAUUGGUGAUCGCAUUUUGGAGGUCAAUGGUCAGCCCGUGAGUGAUUCGUCGGUGGAGCAAAUCGAUAAACUGAUACGCAGUAAUGAGAAGAUGCUGCAAUUGACGGUCGAACAUGAUCCAGUGCAAGUUUGUCGAUCCUGCAGUCAGGCGGAUAUACAACGUGCCUGUUCCGCUUCCACAUUGGCCCUGCCCUUGAGCACAUCUGCUUCGAGUGUCGAAGUGGGACGAAAUCUGUACAAAACCAACGAUCUAACGCUUCAGCAGACGGCGCCUCCGCCUGGAGGGACAAAGACAAGGAAAUUGCGACAAAUUUCAUCAAUGGGCAGUAAUAUCAACAAUAAUCACAAUCACAACAACAACAGCACCACAACAACAACAACCACAAACAAUCUUUCCGCCAUUGUUAGCAAUUGCACAUCGACUAGCCUUAAGGAAAAGGAACGCUGCUCUAGCUUAUCAAAGCUCCUGGAUGAUCAACAUACAGCCCAACAGCAUUCAGCUCAUCCGCAAUUAUAUGAUCUUUCGCGAACACAAAGUUGUCGCGUUGUCCAGAAGCCGCAGCGAAUAUUUCGUGCCACCGAUUUGGUGAUGGGUGAGAAACUGGGCGAAGGCUUCUUUGGCAAGGUCUAUAAGGUGACACAUCGUUUGAGUGGCGAAAUAAUGGUACUCAAGGAAUUGCAUCGUGCCGAUGAGGAGGCCCAAAGGAAUUUCAUUAAAGAGGUUGCCGUUCUUCGUCUGCUCGAUCAUCGGCAUGUACUCAAAUUCAUUGGCGUUCUCUAUAAGGAUAAGAAAUUGCACAUGGUCACCGAAUAUGUGGCCGGCGGUUGUCUCAAAGAGCUCAUCCACGAUGGGCGGCAAUCGUUGAGCUGGUCACAACGUGUUCGCCUGGCCAGAGACAUUUCCUGCGGUAUGAGUUAUUUGCACUCUAUGAAUAUCAUUCAUCGGGAUUUGAAUUCAAUGAACUGUUUGGUACGCGAAGAUCGUUCCGUAAUUGUGGCCGAUUUUGGUUUGGCGCGCAGUGUUGAUGCCCCACCUCGUUUGCCUGGGGCCAAUACGGUGGGGGAUGCUGCUGCCGUAUGGUCACCCGGUGGGACAUUGAAACGUAGCAAGAGCCGCCAACGACGUCAACGUUAUACGGUUGUGGGUAAUCCCUAUUGGAUGGCACCCGAAAUGAUGAAGGGUCUCAAAUAUGAUGAGAAAGUCGAUGUCUUUUCGUUUGGCAUUAUGCUUUGUGAGAUCAUUGGACGCGUUGAAGCCGAUCCCGAUUAUAUGCCACGUAAUUCCGAUUUCUCACUCAAUCAGCAAGAGUUUCGUGAGAAAUUUUGCUCUCACUGUCCGGAGGCGUUUGUUAAAGUGGCCUUUGUUUGCUGUGAUCUCAAUCCGGAUAUGCGUCCCUGCUUCGAUACCUUGUAUAUAUGGUUAGAGCAACUGCAUCAGCAUUUGGAUAGUGGCGCCGAAUCGGCACCAGAACUUUUGCAUGAGAUUGAGAAUUUCCAAGAGAGCAGUAGUUACAUUAGCUCUGAAGAUGCUCUAUCGCCCACAUCCCAACGUAGCUUGGAUAAUCUAUGUGAGACCCAUGAUUCGCCUGUGAAAUCGGCAUCAGGACAAUUGCCAGCAUUAUCGGCAACAUCGCCGCAACAGUUGCUGGCCGAGGAAAAGGAGAAUGUGAUAAUGCGACCACAGGAUAUACCGAAAUCACCGCAUUUAGGCAAAGAUUUCUCACCCACAGGUGAACGUUUAAGGGAUAGCAUGCGGGCACGACGUCGUCAGAGAUUUUUGGGUGCUCAACAGCAACAACAGCAACAGCAGCAGCAGCAACAACAACAACAGCAGAAUCAUCGAGGUUUAACACCAGAGACUACAUCAACCGAACGUGCCCUUAAACAGGCCUUGAAAAAAUGCCGACCCUUUGGCGAGAAGGGUUAUCUAGUGGAUUUGCGUCCAGGCGGAGAUCUGCAGUUGCACGAUGUUCGUGAUUUGAAUAAUUAUUCCGAUGUGGAUUCCAGUUGUGAUACAAGUCUCAAUUAUCAUGAGAUAAACCAAUUGGAUGCAAUUCAACCGAAUUUUGAGCUCAAAGUUGAUGCAACGCCGCUGCCUAGUGCGCCUGCUCCGACUGCUUCUCCGACUCCGCCUUCUGCAACACGCCCCUUACCGGCAGCUUUAAAGCAUUUCUUUAAAACACCGCCAGUGGCCUUGAAAAUGUUUCAACGUUUGGAGCACGAGGCUAAUCUUAAUGGUGGCUCCGCUGCUCCACGCGCUCAACGCAUAAAUCAAACACCAAUCUUCGGACGUCGUCAUUUGCCCAUUAAGACCACAACCAAGACGCCGCCUCCAAUGCCCACGAUGUUAAAUCAAGCUGAAUCUUUAGAGCAUUUAGUUGGAGUUGCCAAACCGCCAACGAUUUCGCCAUCAAAGCGAAGUAAGGCUACCCUGACAACGACGACAACAGCAACAACAACAGCUGCAGCUAAACCAGGACCAAUAGCAAACACAACGCUCAUUUGUCAUGCCGAAAUGCAUAGGCCAUCAUCACAAGCAGCAUCCGGAAUUUCUUCAUCCCACAACGAUUGGCUGGCCAAAAAGCAUAAAUUAACCUUACCCUUGGUACCAGUAACAGCAACAACAACAACAGUUCGUGCCCCCCUAACAAAAUCCCUAAGGACAGGCAACAAUAAUUCAAUAUCACCCACGCGACAUAUAAGAACGACCAGCAGCAGGCCAGGAUCACCAAGUAAACAUUUAGCCCAGAGGCACACGGCAGCGACAGCUCAGCGGUUAAAUAGUAAUGUGUCCGCCUCCACCCAUAGCAACACAACAACACGCCUCACCAUACUCAGUCCGGAGAAAGUGCAUCGUUUGGGUGCUCGUCUCAGUGAUCAAAAGCAAAAGUUACGCGAAGCCUCAGAGACAGCAGCAGCGGCAGCAACGAAUAGCAAUAGCAGCAAUGGUCAUGGACAGCAUCGUUCUGGAACUGGUGGAACUGUUGUUGUUGGUGGCAACAAUCGUCGCAGAAUACCUCCGCCACCGCCAGUGCGUGGCAUUAAUCGUUAGCAUUCCCUACCAUCACCACCCCACCUCCCAACAAAAGGCAUUCCAUUUAAAAACAAAAACCAAAACGACAAACAAAUUAUUAUUAAUAUAACGACACAACAAACAAAAGCGAAUUAGCCCGACCACACACACAGUUUCUAAAAUUGUGUGGAGAUGAUAAAGACGAUAAAAUAUGAAAUUAAUCCAGGCAGCUCAAAUUUAUACCACGAACCUUCGAUGAAAACGCUUUCUAUAUACCCUUGCAGAGGGUAUUAACCAAGAAACCCUAUAUAUACCUUAUACACAAGUCGGUCUGUGAGAAUAGCACUUACCAUUCCUAAUUUCUAACUAUAUAUAAACUUUAAUCAACUAGAACUAUAACUAUGUUACAAAAUAUUAUCUAUAACUAUGUAGAAUGUCUUCCAUAAGCGAAAA